GUUUAUAUUUAUCUUUUAUUUUUUAGUUUUAUCAUAACACAACAAAGAAGAUAUUUUUACUAUAUCUAAUAACGAUGUUGCAUACAAAGGAUGUUUUAAUAACUAAUCAGAUUCAUCUAUAGAAUUAGGAAUAUGUCCUUCUAUAUGAGAUAUCCAUUUGUUAAACUACUCUCACCCUUGUUACAAUAUAUUGAAACAAGCUAAUUACGGUAUUUAUCUCUCAGUAUGUCCUCGAUAUAAUCAUCAGACUCAGUGGCGCAUCAUGUUAGAGGACAGACCAGCACUAGUUUUGAAUCCUAGAGUUCGAAUCAUGUCUAUACCAACAUUUAAAAAGUUUCCCUCUUGGUCCGAUUUUUUUAUGCAGACGUGAUUUAUAUAAAUAGAUAUACUUUUUUUCCUUUUGAUUAAACUUCUCUUAACCUAAAACGGCACCAGUAGUAUAUACACGGAUAAUAAUAUUUGUCCAGUGAACCUUGUGAUAAAUGUCUGCUACUCAUUAUAGGUGAAGCUAGUAGGUGAUCUAAUUUGUGGUGAAUCAAUACACCUGUCAUGACACCUGAACUGAAACCAUGAUUUGCAAUGGCUUACUAUUUACCACAAUAUAAAGUAUAACCAUAUUAAAUUUACAUCUUUCUCGGACACCAAUAAGUCUAUUAUAAAUGUAUCUUUUUCUAGUCAUUUCUGCCAACUAUAUAUAAUGUUAUGUGUUAGUACAUGAGAGCCUUCGUUUUUUGCAUUUUUAUUGCUUUUAACAUUGCUGAUGACAUUCACCUGUCCACACUAAUCAACUCAGCCUUUAAAUACCGGAUGACCUAGGAGGCAGGUAUCUACCUUUGAGAAAGUCACGUGAACGUGACGAAACGCGUCAGGACCCGCCCCUAUCCACACUCAGCUCAGGUGAAAUUUUCCAGGUGUUCCUUGGUCCCCACUGCACCCUCCGUCUACAGCAUCUGACAUCAGCGGCUUCAGCGCACACGCCGCCACGACCGGGUUGUGAGAGAGACGGUCCAUUCCUUUCCGCUGCACAGCGUAUAUGGGCAUUGCAGGACAUUGAAGCCGAGGACGCUCGGCUCUUACCAGCCCAUUUUGGAAAGGCCAUUUUAGCUGUGAGGAACCGGAGACCUUUUACUAGAAGUCACGUAAAUGAUGUCACGGAGGAUGGACAAGGACAGGAGUCAUGUGACUGAAAGGAUAUUAAACCUCUCUGUGGAGGUCAUCCAGCUGCUGACAGGAAAGGAUCACACAGUAGUGAGGAAGACAUCUGGAAAGUGUGAGACACCCAGUAGCCAUCCUUGUGUGUCAGGAGGACUGAGCAGGACCCAGAGCCCCAUCACGGUGCCUCCACCUCGCUCACUGACACAUGAGAGGCACAGUGACCAGAAGAUCCUGAAGCUCACCAACAAGAUCAUUCAUCUGCUGACUGGAGAGGUUCCUAUAAGGUGUGAGGACGUCACUGUCUAUCUCUCCAUGGAGGAGUGGGAGUAUAUAGAGGAACACAGGGGUCUGUACAAGGACGUGAUGAUGGAGAAUCACCAGGCAUUGAAGAUGGAUAUGACUGAGAGGAUAAUAAGUCUCUUCCUGGACAUCAUCUGUGUGCUGACUGGAGAGGAUCACACAGUAGUGAAGGGAACAUCUGGAGAGCGUGAGCCAGCCAGCAGCCAUUACCGUGUGUGGGGAGGACUGAGCAGGACCCAGAGCCCCAUCACAGUGCCUCCACCUCACUCACUGAUACAUGAGAGGCACAAUCACCAGAAGAUACUAGAACUCACCAACAAGAUCAUUCAGCUGCUGACUGGAGAGAUGGGGCCAGUAACAGGAAUACCCCAGAGAGAUGUCCCCAUCCUCUUUUAUUCCCAGGAUCAUACAGAGGAGAAUCACAGUGUACUACAGGAGGGUCAGGGUGAAGAUCUUAUUGAUGUUAAAGUAGAAGAUAUAAAAGUAGAAGAGCAGACGUAUGUGAUGGGUGAUCAGCAGUGUAAGGAGGAGGAAAUCCCUACAGAUAUCAGCACAGACCCAUCUAAAGAUCCAUCUACUGAUAUAAAGGAGGAAUCAGUCUCAUGUGAUGGAGACCUCACACAUUCUGACAUGUAUACAGCCGCAGAUCAUACACAGAAAAUAUCUACUCAUAUAAAAAGCAACUGCAUUACAAAUGCGUCUUGCUCUGGAUGUGAAAAAUGUUUUACUCUUAAUUCAGACCUUGUUAUACAUCAGAGGAGUCACACAGGAGAGCCACCAUAUUCCUGCUCAGAAUGUGGGAAAGGGUUUAGAAGUAAUUCAGAACUUCUUGUACAUCAGAUGAUUCAUACAGAUGAAAAACUGUUUUCUUGCUCAGAAUGUGGGAAAUGUUUUAAAGUAAAUUCACAUCUUGUUAAACAUCAGAUGAUUCAUACAGGAGCAUACCCAUAUUCCUGCUCUGAAUGUAAGAAAUGUUUUAGAUAUAAAUCAGAACUUGUUAUACAUCAUAGAAGUCACACAGGUGAGAGACCUUAUUCUUGCUUGGAAUGCGAGAAAUGUUUUCCAAUUAAAUCACUACUUGUUAGACAUCAGAGAAGUCACACAGGUGAGAGACUAUAUUCUUGCUCGGAAUGUGAGACAGUGUGUAUAAGUAAUUCAGAACUUGUUAGACAUCAGAGAAUGCAUACUGGAGAGAAACCAUUUUCCUGCUCUGAUUGUGGGAAAUCUUUUACAUUUAAAUCAGAUCUUGUUCGACAUCAGAAAAGUCACACGGGGCAGAGACCAUAUUGCUGCUCUGAGUGUGGGAAAUGUUUUACACGCUAUCCACAUCUUGUUAUACAUCAGAGACUUCACACCGGAGAGAGACCGUAUUCUUGCUCGGAAUGUGGGAAAUGCUUUACACGUAAUUCACAACUUGUUGUACAUCAGAGACGUCACACAGGUGAGAGACCAUAUUCCUGCUCUGAAUGUGGGAAAAGGUAUAGAAGUUUUCCAGAGCUUGUUAGGCAUCAGAGAUUUCAUACAGGCGAGAGACCGUUUUCUUGUUCGGAAUGUGGGAAAGGGUUUGACGUAAAUGCACUACUUGUUAGACAUCAGAUGAUUCACACAGGAGCAUACCCAUAUUCCUGCUCUGAAUGUGAGAGAGGUUUUUCAAUUAAAUCAGAACUUGUUAGACAUCAGAGACGUCACACAGGUGAGAGACCGUAUUCUUGCUCGGAAUGUGGGAAAGGGUUUAGCAGUAAUGCAGAACUUGUUAUACAUCAGAGACGUCACACCGGAGAGAGACCGUAUUCUUGCUCUGAAUGCGGGAAAUGCUUUACAUAUAGAACACAACUUAGUAAACAUCAGAAAAGUCACACAGGAGUGAACCCAUGAUAUAGGUCUGAUUGUAAGGAGAGGGAGUUAUAGUAAGACAGAACUUUUACACGAGUGCGGUCACCCAGGAGAAUACUCAUAUUUCAUUCUCUGUGUAAGAAAUGUUUUACAUGUUUAUGUUCUGUACGGCAGAAUGUGUGAUUAUUACUAAUAAUAAUAACAAGUAUUAAUAUACUCUGCACUGAGCCUGAGUGCGGUUAUCUUGAAGCUUACGCCUAGAUUUCCUAGCAUGUAAUUCACACCCCGCUAUAUGGUACCAGCUCCUUUACUGGUUCCCUACGUUUUCUGUGUAUCUCUUCUACAUCCUCCUUUGUCAUUAAUUGGUUUUCUUCCAGUCCUCAUCCUCCACCCGCUAUCAAGAUUCAGCACCAAAAGGGAUUCCCGCAAUUCCAUGGAAGGAGCACAUGUUUGGCUUUAGGCUUCUGUCCCAGUUAGAACCAUUCCUAGCUGACAGUAUAGGAUCUCAACUUCCUAGCAUGUAAGUGACAGCAUUGCAGUCAUUCAUCUUCUCCCAAUUUUAUGAUCCUUUCCAUAGAAUAUAUCUGUAGUUCAUAUCAACAUUCCCAUUAACAGGUUAGCUGCCACUGGUCUUCUUCUCCUCACUCUUUUAUCCUCUCUCAUUGGACAUAUAAUUAAUUAGACUUAUCUUCUUCCAUCUCUGCUCCAAAUUUUCCAACUUGCUCUCUUCUCUUUGAUAGCAACCUCAUUUGCUUCAACCCAUCCCUUUCUCCAGUACCCCCCUCAUGCAAAGCAUCCAUAAUUCACCUAACCUGCCAUGUUUUCUUCCUUUUUUAUUAUUUUAUGUUUCUACUUUAUCUUCUUCCAAAAACACACUUUCUCGUAUGUCCUAGACACCACUGCUCUGGCCAAAUCUUUGGCCACUGACACUCUUUACACCACACCUGGCACGCUAUGCUGUCCCGUUACCUGCACAGUGCUUCUGCAUUGGCGGGUUGCUGCUGCAGGUAAUACUGCUUUUACUGCCGGCUUCAUGUACUGUAAAUUUACUCUUCUGUCGUACAUCUAUGCUCUCAGUACAUUAAGUCUCUCAUUUCCGGUCAGAUUUUUCAACACUUGUUCCCUCUUUGCCACAUUACAUUUUUACCGUUUGUCCUAACAGUACUUGUGUCCUGACAGCCUAUGGUUCUUGACGUCUACUCCCCCCUUUCCUCAGCUCACAUUUUACAUUUUACAUCCCCAGUCACCUCUCCAGCUUAAUGGUGAUUAUUCUAUAAAGAAUUAAGAACAUUGGUCUUUGUGAAUCCUAUAGUUUCCCUUUUAAAUACUAAGGGCCGUGUUGCAAGCCGAAAUCUUUUUUUUUUUAAAAAAAGCGUCAAUCAAUUACAAGGCGUGGUUAUGGGGGUCAUUCCGCAGCUGUUGCGGCUGGCCGGGAGUUUAUAGUCUCUGCCCCUGGUCGCAGCGGCUGUGUAUGACGUUGGCCGGACUGCACCCCCAUAAUGGCGGGCAAACACUGCUAUGCUGCCCCCUCCCGCCCUGCGACCGCCUCUGCCUGUCAAUCAGGCAGAGGCGAUCGCUAGGCAAUGACACAGUUCCGACCCGAUCGCUGCGAUAAACUACAGCGAGCAAUUGGGUUGGAAUGACCCCCUAUGUAUUGUAAAUGACUGGCGCAUUAAAAAAUGUCCAAGUGUGACGGGCAACCCGCACCUCCAGCCACCUGGGACGGCAUUACAUCCGGCACUAAAUGUUACGUUUAGCCAAAACCUUGACAAAAAGGAUUCAUUUUCAUCUAGGAGAUGUGAUCCAUCCAGACCAGUCAGGAUUUAUAUCCAAUUACAGCAGAUCUACAAACAAAUGGGGAUAAACAUUAUUCAAGAGUCUCAUGAUAAUACAACAACUCCUAUUGCUUCCAAAGAUCACAGCUAAGUCAUGUGACACUGCGGAGGGGAAUUAUAUAUGGAAAGUGAUACACUGGUGUAACUCUGAGCAACUUUGUUUUAUUGGAAAUGAUUCAAAUAUUUUUAAACCAAUAAAAAAAAUGUUUCUGAAUAUACUUCAUAGAUUGUAUCUCUCUUACAUAGUUACAUAGUUGGUGAGGUUGAAUAAAGACAAAUAUCCAUCAAGUUCAACCUGUAUUAUAAAAUUAAAUAUAAUUUAGAUGCAGUAACCUUGGAUAUUUCUAUCAAUUCAGAAUUUAUCUAAUCCAUUUUUAAGUUUAUUUAGUGAGUCCACCAAUACUACCUCCUCUGGUAGAUAAUUCCAAAUUCUUACUGCUCUUACUGCAAAGAACCCUUUCCUCCGGUGUGUUUUUUUCUUCUAACCUCAGGGGGUGUCCUCCUGUCCUGUGUAGCCUUUUUUUGAUAAACAGAUCAUCUGAUAAAUCCUUGUAUUGUCCCUUACAGUAUUUAUAAAUAUUAAUAAUGUCCCCUCUCAGCUGCCUCUUUUCCAGUGUAAACAUAUCUAACCUUGUGAGUCUUUCCCAAUAACUCAGUGCCUCCCUUAACCAGUUUGGUGGCUCGCCUCUGAACCCUUUCUAGUUCCAAGAUAUCUUUUUAUAGUGAGGUGCCCAGAACUGUACACAGUAUUCCAGGUGUGGCCGCACCAAUGAUUUAUACAAUGGCAGGAUUACGCUCUCAUCCCUCGUCUCCUGCCCCCGUUUUAUGCAUGCUAACACCUUAUUUGCUUUUGUUGCUGCAUUUUGACAUUGCGUACUGCUACUGAGUCUAUAAUCGAUGAGCACACCCAAAUCCUUUUCAACCACCGUUAUCUCUACAUUUUUGCCAUUUAGUUUAUAUUCUGCCCGAUUAUUCUUAAUCCCAAAGUGCAUAACUUUACAUUUUCUCUCUCAUAAAUAUUUUUAAUAGUUCUUUCAACCACUCAUAACUGCUGGAAAUGCGGAGAUUCUCAAGCAGACCUUUAUCAUAGUUUUUGGUUAUGCCCCCUGAUUGGAAGCUUCUGGGUACAAAUAUGUAGAUAUGUUGCCUGGUAAACUAUUUACACCUGUUGCCAGAAUGGGCAAUCUUUGGUAUUUUUGAAAUGACCAAGCCAUGUCAGAAGGUGGCAAAAAAUUACUUUUAGCAGCACGCAAAUCCAUACUACAAGUGUGGCUCCACCCAGAACCUCCGUCAUUACCCUUAUUCCUAGCAAAGCUGUUUUACCUUUUUUCCAGUGGAAUGGGUGGGAGUGGCUCUAGAGAAGGACAGAAAAGUAAAGCAAUAUGUUGAAGUGUGGGAGAGUUACAUAGUAACGUUAUCUGCUUCAGUAAGAUGACACAUUCACACCUCCCUAACCAACACUUUGUGGUAUAUGACCAGCGUAUCCGGAGGUCAUCCACCUAUUUCUCUGUGAUACCCAUUUUAUAUGUCCCAUGGAGGGGCCAGGGGGGAGCGCAGAAAACCUUUUUGUUUUUUCUAGCUCAAGUAUUUCUUAACAAGUUCUUGUUGGAUGUGAAUGAUAGCUGGCAUAAUAUGAUGUUCUAGCCGAAAUCAACAAUACUGUGCGAUCCUUGUACUUUUGUGUCGUUUUCUGUGAUUGAACGUCUGAAAGAAACGAGAUAAAUGCAGACAACAGAUUUGUACAACGUCUUUGAAUUUAUUGUUUAAUUACACUGUAAUGUACACAAUAUUAAUUUUCUUUUAUAUUUACGAUUGUAUGAUACUUUGCUUCAAUAAAAAGUUAAACCACUGCGA